AUGUCUUCCGCAGCGUUCGAGAGCAUCAGCCAUGUGAAAACUCUUGACCUUAGCUACAACACCCUUGCCUACAUUGCUCGUGGGACAUUCAAAAACUUGGCAAAGAAUCUCGAACGACUAAAUCUUGAAGAGAAUAUAUUUCAUGCAAUCCCAGCGGCACUACGAUCGAAGAAUGGCACGCAUUUGGCAAAUGAACGGGAACAAAUUGGACCAAGGUUGAAAGAGGUUCUUAUUGAUCUAUCACUUGCUUAUAACCGCCUCAAAAUAAUUCCAACAAAAGCUCUUAACGGGAUGGUCCGCCUGCAGCAUUUGGAUUUGUCCAAGAACAGUAUCAAACAACUGGAUCGAUUAGCAUUUAGUACACACUCGAACUUGGUCCAUUUAAAUCUUGCCGGUAAUCACCUGAAGUCCCGAUCCAAUGUAUUUCUUCAUAUGACAUCACUAGCCUAUCUUGACCUCUCCUACAACAAACUGGAAAAAAUAGACCCUAAGAUAUUCGAGAAGUUACCAGGACUGGAGAGGCUAUAUCUGCAGAACAAUAAACUUCAAGAAUACCCCAUACAUGCUCAGCAGCGGAUGCAGAACCUUCGGCAACUGAAUCUGGACAACAAUCUAAUUGAAGAGCUACCAGAUCACCUUCUUUAUUCCACCCAACGCCUAGAACACUUAUCUUUAGCCGGGAAUCGAAUACAUUCCAUAGGCGACAACGUCUUUCAUUCAAGCAGCUCUAAAGGACUAAAAUCUCUGAACCUCGCUCUGGGAACCAGGAUCUCAAGCAUUUCCAAAAGGGCAUUUCAACUGAUGGAGAACCUUCAAGUUCUUAGUACCAACAACAACCCGACUUCGCACCAAUUGACCCUCGUCUUUGCUGAACUCAAAAACUUGCGCUACGUCGACCUAUCAAACAACAACAUCGUGCAUAUCCUCCCGCAAGCUUUCACGAGCCUUCCUCUAAUUGACACGUUGCUUUUGCAUCACAAUGAAAUCGAACGAAUCGACAAAUCAGCCUUCCACCGUGUUGCCAGGAUUGAGACAUUAGAUCUGAGUCACAACUUUCUCAAGAACUUCACAUGUGAACAACUUGGUUCUGUCCAGACGAUAUUCAAUCUCAAUCUCGCUCAUAAUCGGAUCUCACAAACGGAACUCACAUGCAUUUUGCGAAGUCUCGUUCACUUGGACCUCGGCUAUAACGUUCUCGAAACGUUCAAGAAGAAUACAAUGGAUGGAGCUGACAAAAUGCUCGAAAUAAUCCUCAGAGGCAAUGGCAUACUUGAGCUGCAAAGUCACGCUUUCGCCUGCUGCCCAAAACUCUCGACUGUGGACCUGUCGCACAAUCACCUACGCACAAUCCACAAGGACACGUUCUCUGACCAGGUGAGAAAAAAGCUUGAGCUGGACAAAAACAUGUCAUUCAGUAAGUCUCGAGGACAUAAAUCAGUAACAGGUGGUGUGGGGGAAAGAAAAGCGGGCGGAUGUGGCCUGAAAUAA